AUGAAGCAAUCAAAGAAGAAAAAGAGAUCAAGAGUUUCGAAAAAGGAGAAGGCAAAAAGUCCUGCUGCAUCAAGCGAAAGUUCUAACGAGAAUGUUGAAAGGGUCCUGAAAAAUUUAACGGAGGCUUUUUCUUCUGUUUCGCUGGAACAAGCUGCUUCCGCUUACAAAGAAGUCAAUGGGGACCCAAACAGGGCUGCAGAAAUCCUUGCCAAGGCGGUAGAGAGCGCAGUGGAUGAGGAUCAUAGCACGAGUUGCUCGAGCUCAAGUGCAAAUUACAACAUGGAUACAAGCUCGAGUUCUAAUGGGAAUUACAAUGUGGAUACAAGCUCGAGUUCGAGUGCAUCAGAGUUUGUGCAGGCAAAUGAUUGUGUUCAGCAAGGGUUUAAGCUGAAUAGUAAGAUCAGGUCGAAGAAAGUUGUGGCUACUGCAGGAAUGGUGGCAACGAUGUUGGGAAAAGACUAUGUGAGGUCUACUCCAAAUAAGAGUUCACUCAAGUGGAAGGGUUUUCACGAGGACAGCUGGAGCAGGGAGGACAAAGAGCAGUUCUUGUGCUCGAUGCUUGGAUCGGAGUGCGAUUUGAACUUGGGUGUCAUUAGAGAUGUCCUGUGUCAAUGUGGAUAUGACUUUGAGAAGGCUUUAGAUGUACUACUUGAAUUAUCUGGUUCCUCGAGUAAACAAUCCAAAUGUUGUUAUGAUUCUACUGAUGGAGAAGAUGCUCAGUUUCUUCUGGAAUCAAAUGGCAGUCUUUCUGAUGAGAUAUUGAACUCAACUUCUCAUCCAUCUGAAAUUGAAGUUCAAGAUAAUGUGUCUCCCACUGUGAAUCUUUUCAGGAAUCUUUCUGAAGUUUCUACAGCCAGUGAAUCUCACUGUUUGAAGGAGACUGGAAACUCAGAGUCAGAACUUCCGCUGGAAGUGUUAAAAUCCUUGUUUAAUAUGCCCACUCCCAAGAAUGCUGAACAUGAACCUAACACCAUGAACUGGAGGAAUGUGGUAAAGAAAAUGGAAUCCCUGGGACAAAGGUUGGAACCUGGUGGUGGUGAACAAGAGCAGAGUCUCCAUGCUAAAGGAGAUGAAUAUAAGGCGUUCAGAGUAACUGCGAAGCAGCACUGGGAGUCCAUGAAUUCUUAUUAUCAGAAGGCUGCAACAGCAUUUGCAAAUGGGGAGAGGGAAUAUGCAUCUUAUCUCUCUGAACAGGGGAGGUUGCACAAUAAAAGGGCUCAAGAAGCAGAUGAAAAGGCUAGCCAGGAUAUAUUUACUGCUAGAAACAAGAACAUAGAGAACAUGAUAACAAUUGAUCUGCAUGGACAACAUAUUAAACAAGCAAUGAGGCUUUUGAAACUCCACCUAUUAUUCGGAGCAUGUGUGCGUUCUGUGCAGUUAUUCAGGGUUAUCACGGGAUGUGGAAGACAUGGUGUUGGCAGAUCAAAGCUCAAAAAUUCGGUCAUUGGUCUCCUACAGAAAGAAGGUAUUACAUGGUGUGAAGAGAAUAGUGGAACACUUAUCAUAAGGCUCGACGGAAGGUCGAAUUUUAAUUUCCUAGAUUGUGAUAGUGAUAGCGAGUAA